AUGCGUCCUUCUAACGAGGAGGGGUUGGGAUUGUGUGACAUAACGGGGGGGAAUCAGAUCUCGCCCGAGCCGCUCUCGCGGGCGGCAGGGCGAAAACCUAGCCGUCGCCCGCCAGCUCCCCCUCCCCGCCUCUCCCCCUCCCCGCCGCCGCCGGAGGGCGCCACCGGGCGAAGCCCGGCUGGCGUCGGUGGCGGCGGGGUUCCUCUCCCACCUCCCCUGGGGCCCUGUGGCGCGAGACACAUGGGUCAGCCGAGGUGCGCGGCGCUGGCGCAGGGCGGCGCGGCGGCGCCCCGGGCUGCUGCGCGACGGGCGCAGCGGGUCGACGGCACGGCGGCGGCUGCGUGGAGCUGGUGGCGGGGCGUGCUGGCUUGGGGGUGGCGGGGCAGCAGUGGCUGCUUCGUCAGAUCCGGUGGCCAGCGACGAGGGCUGCGGCGACGCGGGCUGGGGGCGGCUGCCGGCUUGGCUGGGCCGGCCCCUGGCGUGGUGGAGCUGCUCAUCCAUGGGGUGGCUGCGUUGGGCGGAUCGCGCGGGAUGGUCCCGGUUGGAUCCCGCGGGAUCUGGCGCUGGGGUUCCUUCCAGCGGCGAGGGCUGGGUUCUGCAGGAGCCGCGGGCGGCCGGCGCUGCCGUGCUUAG